GGGCGACGGGUGUGCGUCCCUUGGCGACGGUCGGUCGACUCGGUCACCACCCAAGGCCAAUCAGGAGCGCCCCUGGAUGCCAUAUAUACCCGCUGCGUCGUCUCCUCGCCCCCACGCCCUCUCGCUUCCGUCUCGCACCUUCGUUUUCAUUUCCUCCGCGCCAGGCCGCCGGAUCCCUUCAUUCCUUCGCGGUUGACCCGACAUCCCAGCUACUCGCAGUUCGCUAUCGACCUCGCCCUUUACCCUCGCAACCCAUCUCCAAGAUGUUCUUCUCGUGCAAGUCGAUUGUUCUCGUGUUCGCCGCCGCUUUCGUCGGCCAGGCCGCCGCGGCGCCCCACGCCAUGCCCAUGCCCUUCCGCAAAUUACAGCGUGAAGUCGGCGUCCGUGCCGACGCUGCCACUACCAACACUUUCCCCGAGAAUCAGCCCGCCAUGGCACCUACCGGUGGCGACGUAGAGGCGUACCACAACAAACGUGUCGUCAAACGUAUCCAGCCUGCGCCGGAGGACAUCAACUGGAUCCGCUCUGACAUCCCCACCUCCGCCGUCGACGGCUUCAUCCGCGAGCUCCCUUACGACAAGCGUCAGUCCACUACGAACACCUUCCCGGAGAACCAGCCCGCUAUGGCACCCAAGGGUGGUGACGCUAUCGCCUACUCCAACGCUCCCGCGGCGGCGUGAGCAGUAGACUCCGGAGGCUCGCGGUGGCUUCGACAUUGUUACGGACAUAUGGUUAUUUGAGUUGUUGUACGAUAGAGGGCCUGGCCGUUCCUUUCCCGUGCUGGAGCGCGGUUGCUGGGCUAUCUCUGCGGAGUCCCUUCUUUUCCUUCUUUUGUGUCGUUAGCUCGUCACAUCUGGAAUACAAUUGGUGCGAGAUCGGA